AACUAUUCUUUGUAUAUAUACUAUUAUCUAUUUAUCUAUUACCGAAAACGGGAUCUCCCAAAUCCCGAUCUUCUUAGUUUAUUAUCAUCCGAUUUUCGGAAUAUUGUUCUAUGUACUAUUAUAUUAUUAUCAUUAAUUAAUAUACAAUAGUUUACUCGACAUCCAUAAAAAUCGACGUUUCACGCUUUCAUCCCGAAAAUCAUGUUACACCGUCUCUGAAGCCUUUUUUGUCGAUAUUAAUAUUUAUCGGUUUUCCGUUCUGUGGUCAGUGACUUUUGCAAUGUCAACACCAAGAAAAAGCAAUUUACUGGUGAAAAACACUGGAAUGAGUUUGAAUGACAGGUUCACUCAAAUACAAAAAAAAUCUAAACCAGUCGUAGAAGAUGAAAUUAUCAGGAAGCAUCGUAUCCUAUCAUUUAAUAUGGAACGUAGACCUGAAGUAGCAGCUUCCCUAUUAAUGAGUCAGGACUUUGUGAAUAGAGAAAGACUUCGAGUACCACUUCCACCACCCUUACCUCCUCCAAGAACUGAAAUCAACAAUCGCAUGUAUAAUAGUCUUAUGCAUGAUAUGAUACGAUCAUCAGAUAGAGUAGGUAUUCCUGUUCAUGAAAGACUGACUAUAGGAAGACCUCCACUGGUGGAAGAUAGAAGAAGAAUAAGAAGAAGAAGAGGUCCUAAGACUAAAAUACGAGAACCUGUUAAACCUAAUGUAAACACUAAUGGAAAUAGCCAAAGAAUUCCUAAGGUUUCUAAAUCUAAAAAGCGACAAAAUUCAAAACAGAGAGAUCAAUUUCCUCGUAAGGAUCAAGUAAUUUCUAAAGAAGAUUUAGACCAACAGCUGGAUCAGUUUAUGUCACAUACUAAACAAAAACGAGAUGAAGAAUUAAAUAGAGUUAUUCAAGAAAAUUCUUAACAAAUUAUGUACGAUUAAAUAUUUAUAAUUCAAUUAUUUGGUAAAAAAAUAUUUCAAUUAUUUAUCAUGGGUAUGAUAUGUUACUUUCAAAUUAUAUAAUUAAAUAUUCCUAAA